UCAUUUAAAGAUGUCUGUUUUCAUUCCCGCGGUGAUCCGACACGGGUGGAGAUUAUAAGCAAUGAUGUUGCUAUAGUAUUCGCGUUACCCUUUUGGAAAAAACAAGCGCGUCCUUCAAUCUAUCGUUCGUCUAAUUUGGCAAGCAACCUCAUCUGUUCCAUUUCCUGCCUCGGCUAUCUAAAAGGUUAUCACAAACAUUGCUAAUCGAAACAUUAUUUGACCUUCGUUUUUGUUGUGCUGCAAGGAAUUUUUGAGGAUGUUCCACCUGACAAAGGACCUGGCUGAAGUUUUCGCCGAAGACUCUGACAGUGAAAAAACGUUUUAUGGCUUUUGUGAAGAUGAACUGAGCGACCACUGCGACCAGAAUAGUCUCCUGGAAGAUGGAUACGAAGGUCAAGAUGGAGACUGGCCUACUUCUGUUACCUCCAAGCAACAGACUAUCAAUAUGUCUAAAACCAUCAGGCUGAGUACGGCCCUCCACUCGUCACUGACUGCCAACAACUCACAUAAUUAUGAUGACGACGAUGAGAAUGAUGGAGAGGCGGAAGAGAGAACCCAAAAGAGUCUGGUGAAAGAGAUCAGAUCUGUUCAUAUGAAAGAACCUGAGGAUAUGUCUGAUAGUUUUUUGGUGAGGAGAGAGCUCAACAUAAAGGCAAACAAAGCCAUGUUGGCUCAGCUGAUGGCGGACCUGCAGAAGAUGUCGGGAGAUGCCAGUUUUCUGAAAAAACAAGAAGCAAAGAAACCCAAAGACAAAAUCUCUCGUCCACCUCGCUCGAUAAGGGAGCCCAGGAAGAACCCGGAGCGGGUGUCACGCCGCCAGACCCGCUCCAUGGGGGGAUACGAGGACCCCUCUGACCCCCAGGAAGCCGAGCUAGGGCUCAGUUUGGAGGAGGAGCUCCUGGAGGUACGGCGAGCCCCGCGGCGGCGUAGCACCCCACAGCCAAAUCUCAACCCUCACGUGAUCCGACCCGUGGAUGACAUCACGGAGGACGAGCUUCAACUGGUGGCCAACCACAUGACCGAGAAAGUCUACAACAGAGUCACUGGCUCCACGUGCCACCAAUGUCGGCAAAAGACGUCGGACACAAAGACGUGCUGUCGUAGCAACAGCUGCCGCGGAAUACAGGGUCAGUUCUGCGGGCCAUGUCUGAGGAACCGAUACGGGGAGGACGUCAAGAAGGCGUUGCUAGAUCCGGGGUGGCAGUGCCCUCCCUGCCGAGGCAUUUGCAACUGCAGCUUCUGCCGCCAGCGAGAAGGCCGCUCCCCCACUGGCAUCCUUUUCCCCCUUGCGAAAUACCACGGCUUCUCAGAUGUCCACUCCUACCUCAGCAGUCUCCGCAACAAAAUGAAGAGUGAUGGUGACGACACAGAGAUGUGAAUUUGGAAAUAUACAUAGAUUUUUUUAACCAAUAAAGUUUGUUUCUAUUA